ACGUCAUCAGCAGCGGGCUUUAUUUAUGAAAGCGUGCACGUCUGUAGAAAGAGCUCGAAACAGCUUCAUUAGUCACUAAAUAACAGAAUAUAAUGUGAACAGUUGACCUACAGUGAUUAUUAUUUACGUGUUUAGUGUCGUCAGCCACACACACACACACACACACACACACACAGCUGACAUGUGUUGAUGUAGCAGUCUUUGAUAAUGGCCGUCGUUGUCUCGUCUCUGCUGUCUUCUCCUGUUCGUCUCUUCACGCCGUUUCGUGUUCAACUCGCUGUCCGCGGGCGGAUAACAUGUCUCCGUUUGUCCUCACAACGUCGUUGCACGUCGGACACUUCAAACUUAUCAGAUGAUCAUCUCAGUCCUGGACUUCAGAAGUACAAGGAUUUACAAAAUUAUUUCAAGAAGAGACUGAAGGCAGCAUACCGCAGGUUCUCCAGCACACAGGACCACUCAGUGGUCUGUGGACAUCAUCAUGUGUAUUUUAUUGAAGGUGAUGGCAUCUACAGGAUGGACAAGAGCCGGAGAGAUCCAGAGCAGGUGUUAAAUCUAGAACAAGUUCCUGGAGGAGAGGAUAAGACGGGACCUGAGAGAGGAGAGAGGUUUCAUUGGGCUGUCCAGAGAAUACGUUUGUCCCCACAGGAGAAACACCUUGCUGCCACACUAAAAUCUAAUCACAGAGAAGAGCCAAGGUGUGUUGUUGUGAGGCUUGCAAGAGAAAAAUCUCCUUUGGAUCCUUCAAACAUUAUUCUCACACUGGAUAACGUCUUCAGUUUUGAGUGGGCCACAGAUGAGGUGAUGUUUUAUACAAGUCUCGAGGGUCUGCGUUGCAGUAGAGCGUUUCGUCUGGACAUGACCCUCAGUGGAAGCAGGAUAACAACUGUGUACGAGGAAAACCGGCCUGAUGUGUUUGUGGAGGUUGCCCUCUCCAGAGACCGACGGAUAUUGAGCAUCAACUGCAACAGCAGGACCAGUUCAGAGGUGCUGCUGAUUGACACGACAAAAAACAGUUUAGUGCCUCACCUGAUUCAACCUCGCCAGCAGGACCUCCUGUACCACGUGGAACAUUGGAGAGGCUGGCUGAUCAUCCUGGCUAAUACAGGCCUGGGGCAGGAAUAUCAGGUGGUACAAGCUCCUCUCUCAGAGCCAUCCAUGUUGUCCUGGGUCUCCUUGUUCACCCCUGGCCCAGGUAACGUAGUCAAAGACAUGGAUAUUGUUGGAGACUACUGCAUGUUGGUUGCAAGAACGCCUGCUAAUGAACUUGUCCUGAUUGUGGUCCCACUGAUGCACCCAAAGAAAGCAUACACUCUACCGCUCCCUUCCUGGGCCUGUGCCAUUGAAACCAAGAAACCAGGCUUGGCAGACAAACUUGAAGCGUUAGAAAUCCUCAUCUCGUCUCCGGUCCACCCACCAGUGCCCUACUGUCUGUACCCCGAGGAUGGACUCCUUUUAUCACACAGUGAAGAUGGGUUCUCUCCAGAGAACCAGGACAAUAAUACCAUCACACGCUUACAGGCCUGCAGCCAAGAUGGCGCUCUUGUUCCACUGACACUGUUUAGUGCAGUACCUGUUGAAGGUUUGAGACCGGCACCACUGCUGGUCCAUGUCUAUGGGGCUUAUGGCAGAGAUCUCUGCAUGGAUUUCUGCCCAGAAAAAAGGCUGCUGCUGGAGCAGGGCUGGGUUCUGGCCUACUGCCAUGUCAGAGGUGGAGCAGAGCAGGGUCUGUCCUGGCAAAGACAGGCUCGUGAGGACGGGAAGGAGAAAGGAGUAGAGGAUCUUUACACUUGUCUCCAGCACCUCUUCUCCUUAGGAGUCUCCUCUCCUUCACUCACUGCUCUCACUGCCUGCAGUGCUGGAGCUGUGCCAGUGGGCGCACUGUGCAACAGACACCCACACAUGAUGCGGGCUGUCACCCUGCAGGCUCCUUUCCUGGACGUGUUGGGAACGAUGGAGGACCCCAGCCUCCCUCUAACCAUGGAGGACAGAGAAGAAUGGGGCGACCCCGUAGCAAACCAGAAACACAGACUCAGUAUCGCUUCCUAUUGUCCCCUUCAUAAUAUUACUCCUCAGUGCUAUCCAUCGAUGCUGCUGACAGCCUACAGAGGUGACGCCAGGAUUCCAUUGACGGGUGUCCUGAAAUACACGCAACGACUUAAGGAAGCCGUUCAUACACACUUCACCACAAAUCCAAAGCAAGAACAAAAAUCCGCACCCAACAUUGUUCUCAACAUCCAGCCUGGACUAAGUCACUUUGGACCAGAAGACUUUGAGCUGAUGAUGGAGGAGGAAGCCCUCAACCUAGCGUUUCUAUACAAAGAGCUGAGUCUGGAACCUCCUCGACGCAAGCGGAAGAGGAAGUAAGGCUAGCGGUGAAAACUGAUGAGCAUCGUCUGUCCAUGUCAGCAUUUAUAAAGUAUGUCAACAACACGUAUAUAGCAGGCUUUCUCAGAGACAUAGCACUGUUCUGAGUGGGUGGGAUUAAAUCGAGUGCUGAUGGAGUACUGAAUCACCAAACCUUCCCCCGCUUCUGUCGGGAUAUGAGACUUCUGCAGCACCUUGCCAUCACUGACAUGGUUUGUGCUCAUCAGCACUGUUAACUGGUCCGGUAGCUCUGGAAUAGAGGAGAGAUCUGUGACGGCAGCUUCUUUGCCAAAGUUGAGCACCAUGAGGAAAGC